ACAAGAUGUCAGUGUUGAACUGAAGAAUAUGCGGCCUGAUCGUAGCCCUCCCAAGGGCUCGAUACCUCUGGGGGAAGACAUCAUGCAGAUCGCUCGUAUCGGAGAAAUCGGGCCCAUGCAGAGGUUGUUUGACGAGAAGAAGUUUACUGCCAAUUACCAAGAUGAGGAAGGGAUUACUCCGCUUCAUGUGAGUGCAAAUUCACCGUUUCUGCUUAAUUCGGUCGGCCAUUACACUCGGACUUGUACUAAUGGCUUCGUCUGGGAUCACAGUGGGCCGCGAUCAAUAAUCAAUACGCCAUGUGCAAGUUCCUGCUGGACAAUGGUGCCGACGUUAACGCCAAAGGCGGUGAUUCUGUAGCAACACCGGCCAUGUGGGCCGCUCAGCGCUGUCACUAUUAUAUAGUUCACCUCCUCCUCCAGCACGGCGCCGAUCCUCUUUUGACCGACGUUCAAGGUUACAACAUUCUACAUCUGGCCACCAUUGAUGGGAAUGCGUUCUUGCUGGUACUUCUCUUACACCAGGAGAUACCAGUGGAUGCGAUAGAUCAGCAGGGUCAUACGGGAUUGAUGUGGGCGGCGUAUAAGGGAUAUCCUGCCUGCGUGGAUCUGUUCCUGCGCUGGGGCGCCAAUGUGAAUGCCAUCGACGACGGCGGGCUGACCCCCUUACACUGGGCAUUGGUCAAAGGGUCAUUGCCAUGUGUGCAGAAGCUCAUCGAGUAUGGUGCGGAUAGGUUCGCGAAAACCAGAGAUGGCAAGUCACCGGCCACCGUGGCCGGUGAGAUGAACACGACGCGGGUCUGGUAUCGUGCGCUGGAUGAGUGCGGUUACGACGUUGAUGGAAACACCAAGGUUCUGCCGAUGGGGCUCACGUCUUGGGUGCGGAAUAAGAGCGUGAUGUCAAAGUUCUUCCUUUUGUGGCCAUUCCUGAUGGUUUAUGCCGCUGUCUACAUCCUCAGCCACAUGGUCAUCUACGCUGCUAUACCUAUAAUGCUUGUAGCGACAUUUGGGCUGCAAUGGGUCGCGCAAAAGGCGGCAAGUCAAGCCCCGUCGGAAUACAGGGUGCUUCAGAAAACGCCAUAUCUGUCAGGUGUUUUUGCAGGAACCUUGUUCUGGGUUGGUGUCACAUAUAUCUUCAGCGUGUUGCCUGGUAGGUAUACUUCACUUUAUUACUGCUCCGUACUAACCGUUUACGCCCUUAGCAACCUAUUCCACGUCGCCAAUUCUGAAUAUAUUGUUCGCGGUGUUCUAUUGCCUCACAACAUAUUUCUACAUCUACUCGAUGAUUGAAGACCCCGGCUUUGUUCCGAAGACAGGUAGUCGAAACCAGCAAAGAGCCGUGAUAAACGAGCUGUUUGAGCAGUGGAAGUUUGACGAGGAGAACUUCUGUGUAUUUUGCAUGGUUCGCAAGCCGCUGAGAAGCAAGCACUGCAAACGCUGUUCGCGCUGCGUUGCAAAGCAUGACCACCAUUGUCCCUGGAUUGACAAUUGCGUGGGAGCAAAUAAUCUGCGCCAUUUCGUUUUGUACAUUAU